GAUAAAGAUGUCGCAUCAAGAACAAGAUCAUGGCGCACGUGGAGUGGAGAGGUAAAUACAAGAAGAAAAAUAACUUUUUACGACAAGCCAAACGUUAUGGGAAGAAAGGCAACUAUGGUAAAGGAAGAAGACUUUCAGAAGAAGAGUAUAGUUAUUACAUGAAAGUAUUAGAACAAUUCAAGUAUCUCAAAGGCGAGGAGAAAGAAAUACUUGUAAGAAAUUUUAUGCGUGAACUAGAGCAAGAUGGUCAGCAACGCAGUCUGGCAAGCAAUCAGAUUAUUUCUCGCAUCCUUGACGAUGUGCUUCCACAUGCUGAUGUUGCACAAGUCCUGGCAAUGAAUAUUGUCUUUGGUGAGGAUUUGCGAGCCAUGUGUGUGGAUCCCUAUGCUUCUCAUGUUCUGCAGACUUUACUCACACUUGCAUUGAAGUAUGCUCAGAAAGGAGCAGUGCAGAAGCGCCAUGAAGAGAAUGAAGAAGAAAAUGAGGAAAAAGAAUUGCUGAUUCAUGUAUCUGAUGAUCAGAGACAAGAAUUCUCUACUUUUCUUGACAAGGUUGGCAGAUUUGUUUAUAAUAACUUGGAAGAUUUUGUGAAACACAAAUAUGCCAGUCAUGUAGUGAGAACUGUGCUGGAAGUCUGUUCAGGAAUUGAAGUUGAGCAGUCUAUAAGGAGUAGCCAACGUUCACAGACUAGCCAUGCACUCUGCAAAGAAGGCAAGAUCUUGGUUGUACCACCUACAGUCAAGCAAGUCUUGUUAAAUAUUGCUGUAAGAUUUACAAGACUACCAGAUCUCAUAGAAGUAAUGAGCACAGAGUAUGGAUCAGCAGUUCUUCAGUCUUUGUUAUCUGUUUUGAAACAUGUGGACCGAGAUCAGUGUGCAGCUGUUGUGACUCAUCUCAUACAGCAUGGACUUCCAGGAAUAGAAAAGUGGUAUAUAGAGAAUCCUGAGACAUCUGAUCUGCCUCCACUGUUCCAAGAUGGUCCCACCACACGCCUGUUGGAGGUCAUGUUGCCAUGUUGUAGCAGUGAACAGCAGAUAAAUAUUUUCCAGCAGUACUUUAAAGGUAAAAUAAAGAUUCUUGUUCAGCAGCGGAUGACACAUUUCGCCGUCCAGCAUCUCCUUUCAUCAUGGAUUGACAAAGAAACAUUUGAAGAAAUUUUUGAAGAGAUAAGUGAAGCAUUGGUAUCAGCACUGAGUUCCCAGCACCAUGCUGUGAUCCAUGCCUUUGCCUCAGCUUGCCAAAGACUCAGCACCAGACAGGCCUCUUGCAUGAAGUCUUUGAUUGAUCUCCUAAAAUGCUUUGAACCAGGCAAGCCACAAGAGAUGUUUGCAAUGCUUGUGCUUCGUUUGUUGCCUUUCCCUGAAUAUCAGGCCAAGCAAGAUCAAGGCACUCUUCCUUCCAUCUCCCUCCCUGGUGCUCUUACUCUGCAGGAACUCCUAAAUUUCAGCAAACCCAUUAAGGUGGUGAAUAGUUUGUUGGCAUUAAGUCCUGAAGAGCUGCUGUCAUUGGGAUGUGAUCCUAGAGGCUCACAUGUGGUGGAUGCUUAUGUCAACAGCACCAGUAUCAGUCUCAAGAACAAAGAAAAACUUCUUUAUAGAUUCAAGGGAUAUUAUACUACCAUGGCUUGCUCCAAGCACGGGUCACGGGUGCUAGAGGCAUUAUGGAAGGUGGCCAGCAUAAAGGCCAAGACUCAAGUUUGCAAUGAAUUAGUAGCAGAUGAAUUCAAGCUUAAAGAUAAUCUUUGUGGGAAAAUUAUUUUCAACAGUUUCCAGGUAAACUUGUUUAAGAGAGGAGACAAGUCAGACUGGCAGCAGGUAAUAGAUCAAACAGAGAAGAAAAGAAAGAUGUUUGUUGAUCUGCUGAAUGAAGGUGAAGAUAAAGGGGAGUUAAAAGAAAAAAAGCACAAAAAGAAAAGGAAAAUGGAUUCCGUUGAGGAUAGUAUAUUUAUAGAUACAUCAGUUGCUGACACUUAGUCUACCCUGUGUUGAAGAUUCAUCAUGUUGAGGUACAAAAUUACCAUACUCCACUAGACAUGGUAUCACCUGGAGCUGGGAACAUUACAGUUGACAUCAUUCCUGCUUUGAAUUUUCCUGUUGACUUGAGCAGCUCACUUCCUCACAGAGUAAGAUAUGUUUUCUCUUCAUAUUAAAAGAUUACCUUUU